UGUUACUCAGGCGAGGCAAGCCAAGCCUUCAUGACAGCCAGUAUUUUAUCUGGUUCGUCGCUGUAUAAACCUGCCAUGGUAGCGGCGAGAGGCGGUGGCUGGCUGGUGGUGGUAGUAGUUGUGGUAGUGGGGUCACUGGCGGUGAUGGCAACAGAUGAGCCUUGUACGCAGAUGCGCCGUAGCUGUCGCCUUGUUACGGAGAGGAAACUCAUCGAAGGCCAAAACAUGACCUCCCUUAAUAUCUCCUGUUACUGCAACUGGGACCAGGACGUGGCAGAGGUCUUGGAGGAAGUGGCUAAGCUCAAGUGUUCCUGGUUACCUACCGCCCCUCAUAUGAAAGUCGACUACUCCGCCAUACACCUCUCAGGCUGCAGCGUCAUUAGUAAGGUGUUGCCGUCGUCUGUGUGGGAGUUAAGUCGUCGUACCCACCAUAUGGCCUUGUACGUUGAGAAUUCUAAGCACCUGCGCCUUGGCACUUACCUCACCCCUCACAACGAUCCCCUCUCCUCCAUCACCGCCACCUUCAUAAACAGUAAGGUGAGCGGAAUACCCAAAGGUGUGCUGGGAGGCAGUAAGCAAGUGAAGGUGGUGAUGAAGGGGUGUGAGUUGCAAGUACUGGAGUCCCGGGCUUUCUCCGGUUACUCCACCACUGCCGACAUCAGAGUCAGCUUGAUCAACACAGAAAUCCUGACCCUGAAGAAGGUGGCGUUCGACCUGCCUGCCUCAGCGGUAGUGAGUAUGGAAGGUGGCUCUGUGCGUGCGUGGGAGGGAUUUGGUUACCAAGGCGGAUCUCAACUCAGCCUAGACAAAGUGAAGAUUGGUCGCCUCCUCUCCGGUGCCAUCAACAUCCUCGGCCUCCAGUCUUUCUCCAUGACGAAUUGUAUCAUCGCCGAUCUCCUUGAGGGAGCCCUGAAAAACAAAGCACGCUCUCAGGACCACAUGGUCAUGAUGAAGGGAGAGAAUACCUCUGCUACCUUCAUUAACAACAAGUUUGUCAACGCCAACGGUAAAGCCUUCGUCAACCUGUGUUAUGUGGACCAACUUAUGUGGAAGAACAACUCCUAUGUCAAUGUUACCAUGCCUCCAAUCAGAUUUCAGGAGCCUGAGUGUGAAACAGAGCGCAACUGGAACGACAUUAUUUCCCAGACUGGAAUCAGCUGUUUUGACUGUGAGGAUUUCAAGGAUCCUGACGAGCAGACUUGUGCCAUCUACAAUACUGGAUAUUGUACAACAUGUGAGGAGCAGUUUGACAACUGCAACAAGGAAGUCCUUCCUUAUCUAGUCCUUGAGAAGUGUCCAGUUUCAAACCCAAGAGCGACGGCUGAUCUGAAGACUGUGUGCACCAUCAAUUCAAACACAGAGAGGCCACAACCAAGGUUACUGACUGCUGAUGGGAUGGUUCCCAUUCCUUUCAGCCAGAUGAUAAUGGCAUUUGGGCUCUUAGCUGUGAUUAUCAGGCACAUGGAUGAUGAAUUUAACAUUUUGUAUGGAUGAUUAUAGGAUACUAUGAAAGCUUAUAUUUGGUUAAAUUCUUGAUGACAUAAAAGGCACGUUUUAAUUCUUCUUGUGGGGGGGAAGGGUAGAAAAGGGUUCAUUGAAAAAAAAUGAAGUGAAAAUAAUAAAUGCCCUUCUUCCCACCUCUAGUUAGGGUAGUCAUUAGGAUGUUAGGUACAAAAUACAACCCUUUAGGUCAAUACAAAGCGCUCUUCAGAACCUUCAUUAAUUUUGUGGAAGUGGUUUGUAAUCUUAGAACCUUGGCAGAUUUCCAGAUUUUAAUUUUGUUUUGCUAAAAGAAUUUUUUUAAGAGAUACCUGUACAGUAUAUAUAAAAUGGGUUCUAA